CUGCUAUCGAUGCGCGCUCGAUUCUCGCCAUUUUGUUGACUGAAAUUCAACUCGCAUUGCUUUCUACUCGAUACACGGUCAUAAUCGUUCUCGUUUCAAUAAUCAUCGGAAAAUAGGCGGCAAACUGAUUAUCAAUCUCGAAUCGAUAACAAUAUGAAGAAAGUAUCAUCUGUUGUGUGGCGAUUUUUUGAGCGUAUUGAAGAGAAUAAGAGGUGCGUCUCGGUUGUGUGUAAAUUGUGUGAGAAUCAGUACAAAUACUUCGGUAAUACAACAAAUCUCAGAGUACAUUUGACUAAUAAACAUCCAAUACAGUGGGAAUUAACACAAAAUGGGACAUUGGACGAAUCAAAUUUUCGUUUUGAAGACGGUGAUUCAAUUCAAUCUUCUUCAACGCCGCAGAAAAGAAAAUACACACCCCGAGGAAGCAAAAAUGUACGUUAUUCAGUAUCAAUUGAUAAUAACGAAGAAUCAACAGGAACAAUGCCUACGAUAGACAUUCAGCGGGUGAAUGUGCUAGAGAACUCCGACCUGGAGGAGGAAGACAACGAUGCUACAAUAAAUUUGGUGAAACAGAUGCACGGUAGCCAACAAUCCGAUGAAGACUGGCUCGUUGAUGAUCCAUACGAAAUCACACACAUUGAAACAUACGAACCGAAACCGAAACGCAAGAAAAUGAAAUACAGACCGAUCAAAAGAGAAGUGCAAUCACCAACUGGUUUGCCAGGAUUCUAUGUAGCACCAAAGUCAGACCGGAAGAUAAUUUAUGAAGAAUCUAAACGUCAGGAUGAAUAUACUGUCUUUGGAGAGUACAUCGCGAACAAACUAAGGAAGUUUAAAAUGCCAAAAACACGAGGGAAUCUUCAGCAGUUAAUCACAACUAUAUUAUGGCAAGCAGAGUAUGGAAUGUACGACAGUGCAGAUUCAGUUAAACGAGUUUUAAUGCAUUCUGUUCAAACAAAUACAUCGGAGAGCUGUACAGUGGAGUUUGUUGCCCAAGACUCGAUUAACGAACAAGUACUGCAUGACAGUAACGAAAAUCAAUGCUUAGAGAGUGAGACUUUAGAAGCGGAAACCGAAUAGUAUUGCUUUACACGUUGGACUAUCAUUUCUGGAAUGAGUAUUGCCAUUGUUAGAAUUCACUGUUUGAAGAUAUUUUUAAAUUUAUUAAUUAAUAAAGAGCUUGUAAAUAGA